UCUCUAAUAUUUUAUAUUUUAUUUACAAAUUGGCAAUUUUAACCCAUUAAUUUGGAGCUUAACGAUUUAGCCACAUUCCAAAUAAAUGGCAGACACACCAGAAUCCCAGGCGGCCUUGAGCACUUCCACCUCCACGCCCGCUGAUAAGGAUGCUUCCAAGAUUUGUAUCCUUCUGAACGCCACUGGGAAUGUGCCGAUCAUCAAGAAGCGAACCUGGACAGUGGAUCCCAGCAAAACCGUCGGCUGGAUCCAACAGUUCAUCCACAAGUUCCUUAAACUUGAUGCCAACGAGCAAAUUUUCCUCUACGUUAAUCAGACAUUUGCACCCGCCCCGGAUCAGAUAAUCAAGAACCUGUACGAGUGCCACGGAACCAAUGGCAAACUGGUGCUCUACUACUGCAAGAAUCAGGCGUGGGGCUAAAUCGAUACGCACUCGACUACGCUAAACCUUAAGUAUUUAUUCGACUACUGUGUAAUUUUUGUAUAUUAUUAAAUGUGACUAAGCUGAUGUUGCGAA